AUUGUUGGUGUAUUAUAGGAUGGAAAUGCACAUUACGUUCCCUAUAAACUGUGUCACUGUACUGUUGAGCUUCACAGAAACACAUAGGUCUGUAAUAGUAGUUAAUAGUAUGAUAGCAUCAUGGUUUGGUCAGCCGACUCUGCAGCAGAUUACUGCGAUGCUCAGCUGAAUCUGCUGACUCUCCCUGCCCCUGUUAGAAAAAAAAAAUAAAUAAAACUUGCGUCUCUGCUGAGUCAUGCAUUGUACCCUACAAUAAUGAUAUCAAUAGUCUGGGCUGUCUUCUUUGAACCUGUGCGCUUUACGCGGUGUGCUGUGCGAUGCUUCACGUAUGUCAGUCAGUGUCUUUCUCCUCAUCUUGAGCUCUCAGCAGCAGCGACACAUCGGCAGGAGAGGAGCCUGCUGUCUGAGGCUGCGGGAUCUGUCCUACAUCUCGCCUUAUGAUGAUUGCUGCGGCGUUUUUGGUGCUGUUAAGGCCGUACAGUAUCCAAUGUGUGCUGCUCUUAUUGUUGCUUUUGCUCGGAACUAUAGCGACUAUUUUGUUUUUCUGCUGCUGGCAUCGCAGGCUCCGUAAUGGGAAACAUCCAAUAAAAUCGUGCUCUCCGGACGCACCAAGAACCGCGUGGGCCUCCGGUCACAUCAUUUUCGAUCAGAGGGCUUCAGGCACAGUCCACAUCACGCGAGAAGAAGCAUACAUGCUCGAGUGACAGAGGAAAAGCCCAAUCUGGUCGAGAUUCCUGAGAGUGAACCCGAUUCAUCGUCGACUCUGAGAAAACGCAAAGUAAAGAAGAGAGUCCUGCCAGAAUUUUACCAGUCUGUACAAGUCACCCCCACACGCAAACCUAGCUCCAGUUCGGGGAACCCUUCCCUGCACUGCUCCAUGUCUUCCUCGGCGGAUUUCUCAGACGAGGAUGAUUACAGUGCGAAAUCUGGGUCGGCAUCACCUGCACCCGGGGACACAUUACCCUGGAAUCUACCCAGGCACGAGCGAUCCAAGAGGAAAAUUCAGGGAGGAUCCGUGCUGGAUCCGGCGGAGAGAGCCGUGCUUAGGAUCGCAGAUGAAAGAGACAGAGUGCAGAAGAAGACAUUUACAAAAUGGAUAAACCAGCAUCUCAUGAAGGUACGAAAGCAUAUAAAUGACCUGUAUGAAGACUUACGAGAUGGACAUAACCUGAUCUCACUGCUGGAGGUUUUGUCUGGAGACACACUGCCUCGGGAGAGAGGGAGGAUGCGCUUCCACAGACUCCAGAAUGUACAAAUAGCACUGGAUUAUUUAAAGAGGCGGCAGGUCAAACUUGUAAAUAUCAGGAAUGACGACAUCACAGACGGCAACCCAAAACUUACCCUGGGAUUGAUCUGGACCAUAAUUCUGCACUUUCAGAUCUCGGAGGUCCAUGUGAUAGGGGAGUCUGAGGACAUGACAGCCAAGGAGAGGCUACUGUUCUGGUCCAGGCAGAUGACAGAGGGCUACGUAGGUGUACGAUGUGACAACUUCACAACAUCAUGGAGGGACGGGAGGCUAUUUAACGCCAUCAUUCAUAAAUACAGACCAGACCUGGUUGACAUGAGCCGUGUGUCGGCACAGGCCAACCGGUCCAAUUUAGAGCACGCGUUCUGUGUAGCUGAACAGCUGGGGGUGGCCAGACUGCUGGACCCGGAAGACGUAGACGUUCAGUCCCCUGAUGAAAAAUCAGUCAUCACAUACGUCUCAACACUGUACGAUGCCUUCCCCAAAGUACCAGAUGGUGUUGAAGGAAUCAGUCCUAAUGAUGUGGAUAUCAAAUGGGUGGAGUACCAGAACAUGAUCAAAUACCUCAGCCAGUGGAUCAAACACAACGUGGCCAUAAUGUCAGAUAGAUCAUUCCCCAACAACCCUGUGGAACUCAAGGCACUUUAUACACAGUAUCUGCAGUUUAAAGAACAUGAAAUCCCGCUCAAAGAGAACGAGAAGACAAAAAUCAAUGAUCUCUAUAAAAUGCUCGAGAUGUGGAUCGAGUUUGGGCGUAUUCAGUUACCCCCGGGUCAUCAUCCUAACGACGUGGAGAAGGAAUGGGGUAAAUUGAUUGUUGCCAUGCUGGAGAGAGAAAAGAGCCUGAGGCCAGAGGUGGAAAGGCUCGAGACGUUGCAGCAGAUUGCCAACAGGGUCCAGCGGGAUUGUGUCAAUGGAGAGGACAAGAUUGCACUGGCAAGAAUUGCCCUGCAGUCUGAUGCAAAACGUCUUGAGUCUGGCAUCCAGUUCCUACAUGAAGCUGAGAUUGCCGGCUACCUUCUGGAGUGUGAGAACAUCCUCAGACAACAAGUGGUGGACAUCCAGAUUCUUCUGGAUGGGAAAUUCCCUUUUGCAGAUCAAUUGGUCCAGAGGGUGUCAAAACUCCGAGAUGACCUCCUGGCGAUGCGAGCAGAGUGUUCCUCUGUGUACAGCAAAGGUCGCACCCUGACGACAGAACAAACCAAAAUGAUGAUCUCAGGCAUCACGCAGAGCCUGAACUCCGGCUUCUCCCAGAACAUCAACACGAGCCUGACACCAGCCCUUACUCCUGCACUCACCCCGGGGGGGUUAGUUACCCCUGGGUCCACAUUCACCUCUAGCCUUACACCGUGCCUCACCCCGUCCUUGACCCCUGCCUUGACCCCCGGCCUGCAGCCUGCUUCAGUCCAGAGCUACAUGGGGAGCGGUGGUGGCAUGGACCCAGGCAGCCUCAGGCAUUUGAAACACAUGCAGAUCCGCAAGCCAUUACUGAAAUCCUCCCUGGCAGACUCCAACAUGACGGAAGAGGAGGUCAACAUGAAAUUUGUCCAGGACCUCUUGAACUGGGUGGACGAGAUGCAGGUGCAGCUGGAUCGUUCAGAGUGGGGAUCAGAUUUGCCAAGUGUGGAAAUGCAUUUAGAGAACCACAAAAGUGUACACAGAGCCAUUGAAGAAUUUCAAAUGAGUCUUAAAGAUGCCAAGCUGAGUGAGAUUCAGAUGACCCUCCCACUGAAACUAACGUAUUCAGACAAACUGACCAAACUAGAGAAGCAGUAUGAAAGGCUAUUGAGCUGUUCAAGAGAGCGACAGAGCCACCUGGAAAGCCUGCAUGAACUGGUGUCGCAGGCAACUCAGGAGCUCAUCUGGCUAAAUGAGAAGGAGGAGGAGGAAGUUGCCUUUGACUGGAGCGAUCGUAACAGCAACAUCUCCAAGAAAAGAGACUACCAUGCUGACCUGAUGAGGGAGCUGGAUGAAAAGGAGGAAGUGAUCAAGUCUGUGCAGGACAAGGCAGAGCGGCUUAUGCUUAAGAACCACCCAGCCAGGCUCACUAUUGAAGCGUACAAGGCCGCCAUGCAGACGCAGUGGAGCUGGAUUUUACAGCUCUGCUCAUGUGUGGAACAGCAUCUCAAAGAGAAUGCUGUUUAUUUUGAGUUUUUCCGUGAUGCCAAAGAGUCCAUGGACUACCUUAAGAGCCUGCAAGAUGCCAUUCAAAGAAAAUACAGCUGUGAUCGAUCGAGCAGCCUACACAGACUGGAGGACCUCAUCCAGGAGUCCAUGGAUGAGAAAGAGCAGCUCCUUCAGUACCGCAGCACUGUAGCAGGUCUAGUGGGCAGAGCCAAGAACAUUGUGCAGCUCAGGCCCAGGAAUCCUGAAAGCCCAGUGAGAUCCUCCAUCCCCGUCAAAGCCAUCUGUGAUUAUCGUCAGAUAGAGAUUACCAUUUAUAAAGAUGAUGAGUGCGUACUGGCCAGUAACUCUCACCGGGCCAAGUGGAAGGUCAUCAACCCAGCAGGGAACGAGGCCAUGGUGCCCUCUGUCUGUUUCACUGUGCCUCCACCCAACAAAGAGGCUGUUGAUAUGGUUGCAAGAAUCGAGCAGUUAUACCAGAAUGUCCUGGCUCUCUGGCAUCACUCCCACAUCAACAUGAAGAGCGUGGUGUCCUGGCAUUACCUAAUGGCUGACAUACGAGCCAUCCGCAACUGGAAUGUGGCCUCAAUUAAGACCAUGCUACCAGGUGAGCAUCAGCAGGUCUUGAGCAACCUGCAGUCCCACUUCGACGAGUUCCUGGAAGACAGCGAGGAGUCAGAGAUAUUCACAGUGGCGGACUGCGCCCAGCUAGAGAGAGACGUGACAGGCUGCAAGGAGUACUACCAGGAACUGCUCAGAUCUGCAGAAAGAGAGGAACACGAGGAGUCGGUGUACAAUCAUUACAUCUCAGAAAUACGCAACUUCCGAAUGCACCUAGAAGCCCAUGAAGAACACCUCAUCAGGCAACUCCGCACGCCGCUGGAGAGAGACGACCUGGAGCAGAGUCUGCAGCGCAUCACAGAACACGAGAAGAAGACGGCGGAACUGAAUAAGCUAAAGUAGGACCUUGACGUCAUGAAGGAGAAGUGCGAGCUGUUCCUCAGACAGGCUGCAGGUUCUCCUUCUGUGCCGACACUUUCCUCAGAACUCACCGUCCUCGUCCAGAACAUGAGCCAAGUGUACUCCAUGUCUUCGAUCUAUAUGGACAAACUGAAAACAGUGAGCCUGGUGGUGAGGCACAGCCAGAAUGCAGAGGCGCUAGUUAAGGCCUACGAAUCCAAACUCUAUGAGGAGGACGCUAUGAACUCUGACAUCAAGUCCAUCGAGGCUGUCAUUUCAACACUGAAGCAAUGGCGGUCAGAGAUUGACGAGAAGCAGGAGGUGUUCCAUGACAUGGAGGAUGAGCUGCAGAAAGCACGCGUCAUCAGCGACCGCAUGUUUAAGGCACAUAACGAGCGUGACUUUGACCUGGACUGGCACAAGGAGAAAGCUGAUCAGCUGAGCGAGAGAUGGCAGAACAUUCAUUCCCAGAUUGACAGCAGGCUUCGGGAGCUUGAUGGUAUCAGCAAAUCUCUGAAACACUACAGAGACUCCUACAGUAGUCUUGAUGAAUGGGUUAGAGACAUGGAAGCAGAGCAGCUAAAGGCCCAAGAAAACAAACCUGAAGAUAGCAAGGCGCUGGCUGAGCUGUUAAACAAACAGAAGGUCCUUGUUGCGGAAAUUGAUCAAAAACAGAACAGAAUUGAUGAGUGUCAGAAGCACUCGGAGCAGUACUCAUCUGCCAUUAAGGAUUAUGAACUUCAGCUGAUGACCUUCAGAGCGAUGGUCGACUCCCAACACAAAUCCCCUCUCAAGAAACGGAGGAUGCAGAGCUCCUCUGAUGCCAUUCAGCAAGAGUUUAUGGAUCUCCGAACCCGCUACACUGCACUUGUGACUCUCAUGACGCAAUAUGUCAAGUUUGCCAGUGAAACACUGAAGAGAACUGAAGACGAGGAGAGAUCUGUUGAUGAGGAGAAGAGAGAGCAUGGUGAUAAAGUUAGCAAACUGUUGCACUGGAUGUCCAAUGUGAAACAGACCCCGAACAAUGCCACGAAUGCUCUGACAGAUAGCAAUGCCAACACAGACACUUCUAAUAAGCCCCAGGUGUCAGUGGAGGAAAUGGUCACUAAGAAGGAACAAAUUGCAGAAGCACUGAGAGCCACACAGAUGAUGCUGAACAAACACAGUGACAAAAUGACAGAAGAGGAACGAGAAAAGGCUCAGGAGCAGCUGAAGGCGCUCAAUCAGGCCUACAGUGAACUCUCCCAGCACUGCUCAGAUCAGACAACCUCUGCAGAAGAGUCUUUGUUGGAGAAACACAAGGCGUUUACAGAGAAGUUGGAGGAAGUGUGUGACAAUCUCACCCUGACAGAAAACCAGCUGAUUGGUCAUCAGCAACAGGCUGAGAAUGCUGAGAGUGUGACAGACCUGCAGCAGUACCAGCAGGAGCACCAGGCUCUGCAAAAAGACGUAUUGACUAAUGCCAGUGCCUUGAAUGAGGUCAUCAGCAGCACUAAAAAGUUUCUGGAUGAAAACCGGAGCAAGUUGAUGCCCGAUCAAAUCGCCGUCAUCGAGAGCAAGUUGGAAGAGGCUAAGAGCAAAGCCAAGCUCAUCAACCAGCGGGCUGAGGAGUCCAGGAAAGAUUUGGAGAAGGUUGUUACCACAGCCAUAAAACAGGAGAGUGAAAAGGCAGCAGCUGUUGAGCGGCUUGAAGAAAGUAAGAACAAAAUCGAAGAUCUGCUUGACUGGAUAUCCAACAUAGGGAAUGAAAACGAGAAGAUUCUGGAUCAAAGUGACCGUAUAAGUAAAGAGAAUGGAAACCUGCCAGAAGAAACGUCAGCCAUGGGACUGAUAGGAGAGGAUGACGAUGCCAAUGGAAACGCUUUGCAGACCACUGAGAACGAUUUUGGCAGAGAAAGUAGCGAGAAGAAAGACGCCUCCCUGGACCUCGAUAAGCAGUAUGACAGGGUCAAGGCCCGUCACCAGGAGAUCCUGUCCCAGCAGCAGGAUCUGAUCAUGGCCACCCAGUCGGCUCAGGCUCUCCUCGAGAAGCAGGCUAACGUUCUGUCCCCAGAGGAGAAGGAGAAACUUCAGAAGAACAUCCAGGAGCUGAAGGGGCGCUACGAGGCCUCGCUGACGCAGGCCGAGCAGCAGAUGAAGCAGGUGCAGUGUGUCCAGGAGGAGCUGAAGAAGUUCCAGGGUGACUGCGAGGAGUUCGAGGGCUGGUUAGACCAGGCGGAGGGAGAGAUAGAGAAGCUGGGUGCUCCUGCAGACUCGCUUAAUAUCCUCAGUGAUAAACUCCAGAGACAGAAAAGCUUCUCAGAGGAUGUGAUUUCCCACAAAGGGGACCUUCGCUUCAUCACCAUGUCGGGGCAGAAAGUGCUGGAUGUGGCUAACGCCUGUGGGUUGGCUAACUCUGCAGCUAAGAACGCUCUGCUGGACGUGGAUACUUCAGGAACCUGUUCUGCUGUCAAGGACAAGUUGGAUUCAGCAGCCAGCAGAUACAAAACACUACAUUCUCAGUGCAAUCAGCUCGGCAACAACCUCAAAGACGUUGUUGACAAAUACAAGAAAUAUGACGACUCUAGCGCCGGUCUUUUGAAGUGGCUCAACAGCUCGGAGGAGGAGGCGAGACGGCAUCAAUCAGAGACCAUAGCAGCUGACCCACAAACCCUACAGAAACAGCUGGAGGAGACCAAGGCCCUGCAAGGUCAGAUGACGGGACAUCAGACUGCUAUUGACACACUACGCAAAGCAGCUGAGUCCUUGAUAACAUCUGAAGGAGACCUGCUGAGCAACUCAGAUGACAUCCAGGAGACAGUAGAUGACAUCGUCGAGCGCUACGACAACCUGUCCAAGUCUGUAAGUGAUCGAAAUGAGAAACUGCAAAUCACCCUGACUCGCUCCAUGAGUGUCCAGGAUGGUUUGGAUGAGAUGAUGGGAUGGAUGGAGGGAGUGGAGGCCAGUGUGAAAGAGAAAGGACAAAUUCCCCUGGACUCUGCAUCCAUUGGAGACAUCCUCAGCAAAGAAGUGGCGUUAGAGCAGGACAUAGCAAGUCGACAGAGCAGCAUCUCAGCCAUGAAAGCCAAGGUGAAGAAGUUUGUGGAGACGGCAGAUCCCUCCGCUGCUGCGCGUCUGCAGUCUAAGAUGGACAUCCUCUCCCAACGAUUCUCUGAUGCAUGUGACAAGCAUAAGCAAAAAGUCUCCCAGCUGGAGCAGCUGAAGGACAAGGUAGAAGAGUUUGAGAACGUCGCAGAUAAAGUUCAGCAGUUUGUCGUGAAGCGUUCGCAAGAUCUGCACGAGACAGACGGGCCGGGGAAAACUUUCAGUGAACUGUCUCAGCUAAUGCAGACCACUAAAGCUGAGAUGGCUGAACAUGCCAGUGAUCUGGAGAAGCUGCAGACCCUGUCCAAGGAGCUGUCUGAAAUAAGCCCAGAUGGAAACAAAGCCCAGAUCCAGGGCAAGAUGGACAGUCUCUUGAAUAUUUUCAGCACAUUCACAGACACCGUCAAAGAAAAGGAAGAGGAGGUAUCAUCCUGUCAGGACCAGCUGGAAGAGUUCAGAUCUGCAGCCAGCGCUCUCACCAAGUGGCUGGAGCAGACCAAUGAGAAAGUGCCUGCGGUUCAGCCGAGCUGCAGCGUGAAGAGUCUGGAAAAGGACCUGCAGAUAGUCAAUGGUUUAUUAGAUGAGUGGACAUCCAAAGAUCCUGCUGUCCAAGACCUGAACAGUAAAGGAUCAGAGCUAUGCAGCCUCAUGACGUUCCUCACAUCCCCCGCCAAGACAAAGACCCCGAACAAAUCAGCUCUUACUAAUGGUGGUGGUCCAGCGAGCCAUUCCUACCUAACCAAUAAAGAGCUGAUGAUAAUUCAGCAGAACACGUCAUUCGUCAACGAGGGUUACGCGAGCCUGGGAGAAACGCUGAAGAGUCGAGCAGCAGAGCUGAGUGGUUCUGUGCAGGAGGUGAAAGAGGCCCAAAAGGAGACGGACAACAUGAUGACUUGGCUGAAGGACAUGAAAAAGACUGCAGCAUCCUGGAACAAAGCAGCCACAGAGAAAGAUUCAGUGAAAACACAGCUUGAACAGCAGAAGGCAUUUGAGGAUGACAUGAAGCAGAAGCAGGAGCAGCUCCAGAAGCUCAGAGAGACGCUUCUCAACUUGAUUAAGACUCAUCCGAACUCCCCUGAGGCAGCAAAGUGGAAGCAGAUGCUGGCAGAAAUAGAUGCUGCUUGGGCUGAUAUCAGCGGCUCUGUAGAGGAGAGGAAGCAGCACCUGGAGCAGUCCAACAAGAACCUGGACAUCUUCCAAACAACUGAGCUGCAGCUUGGUCAGUGGCUCUCAGAGAAGGAGCUUAUGAUGAGUGUCCUCGGACCCCUCUCCAUAGACCCCAACAUGCUUAAGAUGCAGAAGCAACAAGUUCAGAUCCUCCAGAACGAAUUUAAGAGCCGCAAACCUCAAUACGAGCAACUCGAGGAAGCUGCCUCCGCUAUCCUGAGCUCCUCAGGCAACCAGGACCCCUCGAGUGGGAAGCUGGUGCAGGAGCAGCUCGGUGCCGUCACCCAGAAAUGGCAAGGCCUCACAGGACAGCUUGACCAGCGAGACAGCCUCAUCGACCAGGCCGUGGUGAAGACGGGCAAGUUUCAGGAGUUGCUGAGGAGUGUCAGUCAGACUGCCACUCAGCUGGAGAAUCAGCUCACCAACCACCAGGGCCAAAGCACCCAGCCCGAUGCUGUGAAGAAGCAGCUGGAGGACGUCCAGAACAUCUCAGCGCAACUGAGAGAAGAGAGGAAGAAGCUGAAGGAGGCUGAGGCCAUUAAUGCAGAGCUCACAGCGAUGGUGACUGAGGACUAUCUCAAAGCAGACCUGGCCAGGCAGCUGGAGAGUGUCAGCAAGCCUUUCAAACAGUUGGAAGAGAAAGCAGCAAAACGGAUCGAGCAGCUCAACUCAACCUUCGCCAGCUCUCAGCAGUUCCAUCAGACCUCCAAAGACUUCCAGUUGUGGCUGGGUGAGAAGCUCCAAGACCAGUCUAAGCCCCAGCCCAUCUCUGCCAAAGUGGACGUCCUGCAACAAUCCUUGGAGGAUCACAGUAAGCUCCAAAAGGCCCUCAGCGAACAUGAAGAAACUUAUAACAAAAUCAUAGGGGAAGGCGAGAUGCUUCUGCAGAAUACUAACGGUGCAGAGAAGUUGGCCCUACAAGGUCAGCUUACUACACUUUCCUCCAACUGGGAGGAGGUGAAGAAGAGCUCCGCAGAGCAAGCUGACAAACUCCAGACUGCUCUGCAGAAAUCCCUGAAGUAUCAGGAGCACGCAGAGAAGCUCAGCUCUUGGAUUCAAGAGUGUGAAGCUAGCGAGGGCCGAGUCAAGCUCACUGUUGAUCCUGUUGCAGUGGAGAGCUCCAUUUCUCAGGUGAAAGCUCUCCAGAAAGAUGUGGACAAACACAGAGGGAUGGUAGAGCAGCUCAACACGGCUGCAGAUAGCCUCCUUGACGUGGCCAACGCAGACACUGACGCCAUCAAAGAGGAGAAGGCUAGCAUUUGUAAAAGAGUAGACAAUGUAGUGGAAGGUCUGCAGAGCAAGAGGGAGUCCCUGGAGAAGAUCUCACACACUGUUAAGGAAUUUAAUGAUACCUACAAAGAGGCAAAGGGUCAGCUUGAGGGAGCUAAGAAGCAGGUGGAUACCUAUGAGUCACAGGGAGUGCAGGCACACAGCAACAAGAACCUGACCAACAUGAAAGCUCAACAUAAGAGUUUAGAGGGAGUGCAGAACCAAAUAGAGCACCUGAAGACCUUGGCCAAAGACCUUGUGGUUGAUGUCCCAGAUGCUGACGGGGUGACAGACCUCCUACUGCAGGCUGACAGCAUGGAAACAGACUACAGCACCCUUGACAAGAAACUAGAGGAGACGUGCCAAGUCUUGGAGGGUAAACUGCAGGGUAUCGGGCAGUUCCAAAACAACAUCCGUGAGAUGUUCACCCGUUUCACAGACCUGGAUGAUGAACUGGACAGCAUGGCUCCUGUGGAUCUGGACUUGGCAACACUUAAAGAACAGCAAGACAGAAUUCAGAGCUUUGUGGCCAAGCUGCAAGAGCUGAUAGCCAACACGGCCAAUGCUGGAGACAGCUGUAAGAAGAUGCUGGAGACGGAAUCCUCACCUGACCUGUUGGGCCUGAAGAGAGACUUGGACACUCUGAGUAAGCAGUGUGGUAAACUGUUGGACAGGGCUAAAGGCAGAGAGGUGCAGGUGCAAAGCACUCUCACCAAACUGGAGGAGUUGUACAAUAAACUGCACCAAGCAGAAGAUAAACUUUGCAGAGCUGUGGACAAGGAGGCGUCGCAGGAGGCUGUCGGCAUGGAGACGGACGUCAUCAACCAACAGCUGGAGGCUUUCAAGGCCUUCCAGAAAGAGGACAUUGAUCCGUUACAGACACAGCUUCAAGACAUCAGCUCCCUCGGCCAGAGCCUAAUCCAGAACGCAACCAAAGGCACCAGCACCAAGAAGCUUGAGGAUGACCUGGAGGAAGUCAACACAAAGUGGAAUACCCUCAAUAAAAAGAUUGCUGAGCGUUCAGCCCAGCUGCACGAAGCCCUGUUGCAUUGUGGGAGAUUCCAGGAUGCUCUUGAGUCACUGCUCAGCUGGCUGACUGACACAGAGGAGCUCAUUGCCAAUCAAAAACCUCCGUCUGCAGAGUUCAAAGUGGUCAAGGCACAGAUACAAGAGCAGAAACUCUUACAGAGACUGCUGGAUGACAGAAAGCCAACAGUGGAGCUGAUAAAAAAGGAAGGAGAGAAGGUUGCAGAGCUGGCAGAGUCUGUGGAUAAAGACAAGGUUGCAAAAGAGAUCGAAUGCCUGGGGCAGAGGUGGGACACUCUGCUCAAGAAGGCUGAAAACAGGCACAAGCAACUAGAGAGCAUCUUAGUGGUCACUCAGCAGUUCCACGAGACCCUGGAGCCCCUGAGCGAGUGGCUCGCCGCUACAGAGAAACACCUCGCCAACUCUGAACCCAUCGGCACUGAGACGUCUAAGCUGGAAGAUCAGAUCUCUCAGCAUAAGGCACUGCAAAGUGAUAUUGAGUUGAGGAAGAAGAAUGUUGACCAAGCCAUCUCUAAUGGGAUGGAGCUUCUGAAACAAACAACAGGUGAUGAGGUGGUUGUGAUCCAAGGCAAGCUGGAUGGAAUAAAAGCAAAGUAUGCUGAGAUCAACUCCAUGAGUGAUGGCGUUUUGAAGACAUUGGAACGGGUUUUGAGUCUGUCCACUAAGCUGCAGCAUACUCAUGAGGACCUGAGCUCAUGGCUCGAGAAAGUGGAGGCUGAGGUCAGCGCUUUUGCUGAUCAGGAGCCAGUGGGCGAACAGCUCGUAUAUGCACAAAACAGGCAGAGGGCCUUGUUGAAGGAAAGCAAAGACCAAAAACCAGUCAUGGACAAGCUGAAUGAGUUGAGCAGCUCUCUUCUGGAUCUGAUCCCUUGGCACACUCGUGAGGGUCUGGACAAACUGGUGACAGAGGAUAAUGAGCGGUACAGAGCCGUGUGCGACACCGUCACCCAGCAGGUCGACCAGAUCAACGCUGAUAUACUCAAGUCACAGCAGUUUGAACAGGCUGCAGACACCGAACUCUCCUGGCUGACCGAAGCUGAGGGGAAGUUGCAGUCGAUGGGCGAGAUCAGGCUGGAGCAGGAUCAAACCACAGCCCAGCUCCAAGCACAGAAGAUCUUCUCCAUGGACAUCAUGAGGCACAAAGAUGCUGUGGAUAAUAUUGUGAAAACAGGAAAGGCCAUAAUGAACAGCAAAAACCCAGAGGAGAAAGAAAUCUUGAAGGCUCGGACCGAGACACUCUUGGAGAAGUACGGCGUCGUCAGUCAGCUGAACUCUGAGCGCUGUCUGCAGCUGGAGCGAGCCCAGUCUCUGGCCAGUCAGUUCUGGGAGACCUAUGAGGAGAUGUGGCCGUGGCUCCAGGAAACCUUGAGCACCUUCAGCCAGCUGCCUCCACCUUCAAUCGAGUAUGAAACACUCAGGCAGCAGCAAGAGGAGCUCAGGCAAAUGCGAGAACUGAUUGCCGAACACAAGCCUCACAUUGACAAGAUGAAUAAGACCGGGCCUCAGCUGCUUGAGAUCAGCCCGGUAGAGGGAGUGCCUAUCAGAGAGAAGUACACCGCCACAGACCAACUCUACACUAAACUCAAGGCUGAUGUCAAGCAGAGAGCUGCGACUCUGGAUGAAUCCAUCUCCAAAUCCACCCAGUUCCACGAUAAAAUUGACCCGAUGCUGGAAUCCCUGGAGCGGAUCGCUGAGCGCCUGCGGCAGCCUCCGUCCAUCUCAGUGGAGGUGGAGAAGAUCAAGGAGCAGAUUACUGAAAAUAAAGCUGUUUCUGUGGAUUUGGAGAAGCUGCAGCCCUCUUAUGAGACACUGAGGCAGCGGGGCGAGGAGAUGAUCGCACGAUCCGAAGGAGCAGACAAGGACAUAUCUGCCAAAGUUGUACAAGACAAACUGGACCAGAUGGUGUUCCUCUGGAACGACAUCCAGGCCUUGAUGGAGGAGCGGGAGGCGAAGCUGCUGGAUGUGAUGGACCUUGCAGACAAGUUCUGGUGCGACCACUGUGCUCUCAUCGUCACCAUCAAAGACAGUCAGGACCUGCUGAAAGAGCUGGAGGAGCCUGGAGUCGAUCCCUCGGUUGUCAAACAGCAGCAGGAGUUUGUCGAGGGAUUCAAAGAGGAGAUCGAUGGGCUGCAGGAAGAGCUUGACGUGGUUCAAAACCAGGGUGCAGAGCUGUUGACUGCCUGCGGGGAACCUGAUAAACCUGUGAUAAAGAAAAGUCUUGAUGAGGUGAACUCAGCGUGGGAAAAUCUCAAUAAGACCUGGAAGGAGAGAGUGGAGAGACUGGAAGAAGCCAUGCAGGCUGCUGUGCAGUUUCAGGAUGGCCUGCAGGGUAUGUUUGACUGGGUGGAUAUUCUGGAGAACAAACUGGAUUCGAUGUCACCCGUAGGCACAGACCUGGAAACUGUCAAGCAGCAGAUUGUAGAACUCAAGGAGUUCAAAGGAGAGGCGUACCAGCUACAGAUUGAGAUGGAGCGCUUGAACCACCAGGCAGGCCUCCUGCUGAAGAAGGUGACAGAGGAGGCUGAUCGCUGCGCAAUCCAGGAGCCGAUGUCUGAGCUCAAGAUGCUGUGGGACAACUUGGACGAGAAGAUCAUCAGCCGACAGCACAAACUGGAGGGAGGCCUUCUGGCACUGGGCCAGUUCCAGCACGCACUGGACGAGCUUCUGGCCUGGAUGAGCCACACCGAGGAGCUGCUCAAUGACCAGAGGAAGACCGGAGGAGACCCCAAAGCCAUCGAGAUAGAGCUUGCCAAGCAUCAUGUUCUCCAGAAUGACGUGUUGGCUCACAAGGCAACAGUCGAGACAGUCAAUAAGGCCGGUAAUGAUCUGGUGGAGUCCACAGCUGGAGAGGAAGCUUCAGGUCUGCAGAGCAAACUGGAGAAUCUAAACCAGCGGUGGAAAGCCAUCCUGGAGAAGACAGAGCAGAGAAAGCAACAGCUGGAGAGCUCUCUGCUUCAGGCCCAAGGUUUCCAUGGUGAGAUAGAAGAUAUGCAGCAAUGGCUGAAAGACACAGAACGUCAGCUGUUGGCAUCAAAGGCUGUGGGAGGCUUACCAGACACGGCCCGGGAGCAGCUUAACGCCCAUCUGGAGUUGUGUUCUGCCUUCGAGGUGAAGGAGGAGUUAUAUCAGGAGCUGAUGAACAAGGGCCACCAGCUGCUCGCCUUAACACCCGAGGGUCCAGACAGCAACACAGAGCAGGACCUCGCCAACCUGAAGGACAAAUGGGAAUCGGUGCAGGGGAAGGUCACUGAGAGAAAGGUGAAACUAGAAGAAGCCUUGACGCUGGCCACGGAUUUCCACAACUCUCUGCAGGACUUCAUCAACUGGCUGACCCAGGCUGAGCAGACGCUGAACAUGGUUUCCCCCGCUUCCCUCAUACUGGAGACCAUCAUGUUUCAGAUUGAUGAGCAUAAGAUGUUUGUGACAGAGGUGAACUCCCACAGGGAACACAUCAUUGACCUGGACAAGACAGGAACACAUUUGAAGUACUUCAGCCAGAAACAGGAUGUGGUCCUGAUCAAGAACCUGCUGCUCAGCGUGCAAGGCCGCUGGGAGAAGCUGGUGCAGCGGUCUGUUGAGCGAGGGCGUCUGCUGGAUGACGCCAGGAAGAGGGCCAAACAGUUCCAUGAGACUUGGAAUAAACUGAUGGAAUGGCUGGACGAAUCCGAGAAGACUCUGGACUCGGAGGUGGAAAUUGCCAACGAUCCAGACAAAAUCAAGACGCAGCUGGCGCAGCACAAGGAGUUCCAAAAAGCUGUGGGCAGCAAACACUCUGUGUAUGACACCACCAUUCGAACAGGGCGGGCGCUGAAGGACAAGACCUCCCUUCAGGAUGAUAAUCAGAAGCUGGACGACAUGCUGAGUGAGCUGAGGGAUAAAUGGGACACUGUUUGUGGCAAGUCAGUGGAACGACAAAACAAGCUGGAGGAGGCCCUGUUGUUCUCCGGCCAGUUCACAGAUGCUCUCCAGGCUCUCAUCGACUGGCUGUACAGAGUGGAGCCUCAGCUGGCUGAGGACCAGCCCGUACAUGGAGACAUAGACCUCGUUCUCAACCUGAUAGACAACCACAAGGUUUUCCAGAAGGAGCUGGGAAAGAGGACAGUGAGCGUUCAGGCCCUCAAACGUUCAGCCCGGGAGCUGAUCGAGAGCAGUCAUGAUGACUCGUCCUGGGUCAAAGUCCAGAUGCAGGAGCUGAGCACUCGCUGGGAGACGGUGUGCAACCUCUCGGUGUCCAAACAGGCGCGGCUGGAGCAGGCCCUGUGUCAGGCUGAGGAGUUUCACUCGACUGUUCAUAUCCUGCUGGAGUGGCUGGCUGAGGCGGAGCAGAGUUUGCGUUUCCAUGGCAGCCUGCCUGAUGAUGAGGAGGCUCUGCAAGCACUUAUUGAACAACACAAGGAGUUCAUGAAGAAACUGGAGGAAAAGCGAGUGGCUCUAAAUAAAGCAACCAGUAUGGGGGAGGCGAUUCUGGUCAUCUGCCACCCAGACUCUAUCACAACCAUCAAACACUGGAACACCAUCAUUAAAGCCCGGUUUGAAGAGGUGCAGGCUUGGGCCAGGCAGCACCAGCAGCGGCUGGCCACGGCCCUCACUGAGCUGUUGGCCACUCAGGAGCUGCUGGAGAAUCUGCUGACCUGGCUACAGUGGGCCGAGACCAACCUCAACGAUAAGGACAAGGAGCAGCUGCCGCAAGAGCUCGAGGAGGUCAAAGGCCUCAUAGCAGAGCACCAGGCAUUCAUGGAGGAAAUGACCAGGAAGCAACCCGAUGUUGACAAAAUCACCAAGACACACAAAAGGAAGGCUGCUGUGGAACCCCCAGUCCAGUCACAGAUCCCCGUGCUCGAAAAAGGAAGAACUGGAAGAAAACGUUCUCCCACACAAACGAUGUAUGCAUCAGCAACGCAGCCUCCCAUUGAAACCAAGAACCCCCGGGUUAACCUGCUGGUCACUAAGUGGCAGCACGUGUGGCUGCUGGCUUUGGACAGAAGGAGGAAACUCAAUGAUGCUUUGGACAGACUGGAGGAGUUGAAGGAGUUUGCCAACUUUGACUUUGAUGUGUGGCGGAAGCGCUACAUGCGCUGGAUGAACCAUAAAAAGUCUCGUGUCAUGGACUUUUUCCGCCGCAUUGACAAAGAUCAAGAUGGCAAGGUGACCCGACAGGAGUUCAUAGAGGGCAUCCUCUCCUCCAAAUUCCCCACCAGCCGUCUGGAGAUGAGCGCUGUGGCAGACAUAUUUGACAGAGACGGUGACGGCUACAUUGACUACUACGAGUUUGUGGCAGCUCUUCAUCCCAACAAGGACGCUUACAAACCACUAACAGAUGCUGACAAAAUAGAAGAUGAGGUAACACGACAAGUAGCGAAAUGUAAAUGUCCAAAACGAUUCCAAGUGGAGCAAAUAGGUGCCAACAAGUACCGGUUCUACCUUGGAAACCAGUUUGGAGACUCUCAGCAGCUUCGCCUCGUACGGAUUUUACGCAGCACCGUGAUGGUGCGGGUGGGAGGUGGCUGGAUGGCUCUGGAUGAGUUCCUGGUGAAGAACGACCCAUGUCGAGUUCAUCACCACGGGAGCAAAAUGUUGCGCUCGGAAUCAAACUCUUCAAUUACUCAGUCUCCUAUAGCUAAAGGCAGGACCAACAUUGAGCUGCGAGAGAAGUUCAUCCUCCCGGAGGGAACCACUCAGGUGAUGGCAAGCUUCCGCUACCGAGGCCGGAGAUCUCGGCCGUCAUCCAGAGGAGCUUCUCCCAACAGAUCCACCUCCAGUCAGAGCUGUGCGGUCCCAUCAAACCCAGCAGUGACCAGUACACCCAAGACUCCCCAACACAUAACCCGCAAUUAUGAUAAGCCCUGGCUUACAAACAGCAAACCCUCCACUCCUCUUAAAUCAUCAGACUCCUUUGGGAGCCAAGGUUCAUCUUCAGAGAGUACACCAGUUCAAGGCAGCAAAUUACGUCUUCCUGGGUACUUGUCGGGAAAAGGAUUCCAGUCAAGUGAGGAGGGAACCUUGAUCAGCGCUGCCGUACUCAAAGCUCGAACACAGACAAUAGGCGAGUCAAGAAAAAAUUCCAGCCGACCUGGAAGUAAAGCCGGAAGCAGAGGGAGCAGUCGCAGAGGAAGUGACGCCUCUGACUUUGACAUCUCAGACAUCCAGUCUGUGUGCUCAGACGUGUCCGAGACAGUUGGCGACUCGUCCCGAGCGACGCCACGCUCUGCAUCCCGUCAGCACGGAGGGAAACCCUCUAAGAUCCCCACACCUCAGAGAAGAACCACUCCCACUAGCAAACUGGCCAAGGGAUCCAAGCGAUAGUCAGUGGCCUUGAAAAUAAACAACCCAGGAGCUAGUUGCACCCUAAACACGUAACGGACACUGGAGAUAUCUAACUUAAGAGACUGCAAAUGUGUUGAGUGUUAUUUAAAUUGUUGCGAAGAUGUAAAAUAUUCUGUUGAGAGGCAAUAUGGUUUAAUAUUAUGUGAGAAUGGAAUGUUAAUGGCCUUGUGUAUUUGUUUUUAAUGUAUUUUAUUUUUUGUGAAAAAUGUCAAAUUGUUUUUAUUGUAUUUUAUUUUAUUGAUGCAAAACCUGUAGAGGUUUGACGAACACUAGAAAACCCGGGAAUGACUAUGUCGUAUGGUUAGCUAACAUUUCUAAACACACUAAUGAAGGGCAACAUGUGGGGUAGCGCUCUGAGAGUUACUGAAUGUACUGUAAUUUAUGUUUGCUGAUGUUUGGAGUAGAUGGUGCAUUAUGGUACCAUUUAAGGCACUGCAGUUAUCUAUUUAAGUGCUAUGAUAUACUGCCAACACGCAUUUAAAGGGCAAUGCAAUAUACUACAAUAAACCCCAGUAAGCACUGCAGAAACCUUUGAAAAAAACACUAUUUAAGGCAAGUAGCAGAAACCUCGUAAUCAUGAAGCUUUUAAGUCCUGUUUGUUUGUGAGCAGCUGAAGUCCCUGUUUUGUUUGACCACUUCACCGCAGUGUGUGCAUUGACCUCAAAGAGGUGCCACUCCAUGUAGACAUUCUCUUGUGCAUCCAUGUCAAUGUAUGGUUAAUUUCGGUAGAGCUGAAAUUGUUACUGUAACAUUACUUUGUAAUAAACCUGCUUGCAGAAAGCCACCAGAGACUGGUGUGGACCACAAAA